UGAGAGCAGGAAGUAGUGCGACACGCCAUCCCAGAGCACCUCCCCUCCCUGUAGCCAAGGGGGUGGGGGUAAUCGGUCCCAAAGCUAAACUAGGCAUAGACCCGGCACAUGGAGAGAGGCGUCAGAACGAGGAGCAGUUGCACACCCUCAGAUGAAUCUAAAGAGAUUGUCUUUGGGUUCGAAUUUCUGCAAAAUAUAUCACAGUGGCCGAUAAGGAAAUUGGGACCAUUUGGAGCGAGUUCUGUUUUUGAAAGAGAACAAGAUGAUGAGCUACAACAGCAACACGGGGAUGCCCCUGCUGGACAGGAAAGCAGUCGGGACGCCAACACUGGUCGACUACCAGAGGCGGCAUUCGGUCACCUUCGGGAACACUAACUCCAAGUUCACGCAGAACCAGAUCCUCAACAGCCUGAAGCUGGAGCAGACCGGCGGCGGGGGGGCGGCCAACAAGGAGAACAAGUUCCGCGACCGCUCCUUCUCGGAGACGGGCCUGCAGAAGCCCCAGGGCCAGGUGAACUCCAGCCGGUACAAGACGGAGCUGUGCCGCCCCUUUGAGGAGAAUGGCUCCUGCAAGUAUGGCGACAAGUGCCAGUUUGCCCACGGCAUCCACGAGCUGAGGAGCCUGGCGCGCCACCCCAAGUACAAGACGGAGCUGUGCCGCACGUUCCACACCAUCGGCUUCUGCCCGUACGGACCCCGCUGCCACUUCAUCCACAACGCGGAGGAGCGGCGGUUGUCCCCCGCCCACGAACAGCAGCACCAGCUCCCGCUCUCCUCCUCCAACAAGGCGGACAGGCCCUGCCUGCAGCACAGCUAUAGUUUCUCCGGCUUCUCCAGUUCCUGCAACAGGCUGCUGGACAGUCCCACGUCCAUCACCCCGCCGCCCAUCUUCACCGCGGAAGAACUGAGCUCCUCCCCCACCCUGCCGAGUUGCGCCAGCAACCCCUUCACCUACUCGAGCCAGGAGCUGGCCAGCCUCUUUGCGCCCAGCAUUGGCAUCCAGGUCCCCUUAGCGUCCACCGCCGGUACCACCGAGGGCAGCUCCCACUCCCCGACUUCGUUCCUGCUCCGGCCCCUGGCCGAGUCGCCUCAGUUCUUUGAGACCUCGCCCAGUCCCCCUGACUCGUUGUCCGAUGAUUGCCUCAGCAGCUCCGGCAGCAUCAGCGGUUCGGAGUCGCCCAUCCUCGACUUCAACAAGCGCCUCCCCAUCUUCAGCAGACUCUCCAUCACGGACGACUAGCUCAGCUCCUCCUGCCCCCUCUCAAAGAGCUGAGGAGCUGUCAGCAGAGAUGAAACGUAGCCCUAAUCUGAGCAAGCAUUUAAGAUGGACCUUUUAUUCCUUAAAGUACCAGUUAGCCAGCUUUUGACCCACUACCCAGGUUAGAAUUGACUUGCCAACUAUGUACCAUAUCCACUGAUGACCUACAAUGCAACUGUUGAACUUUUCACUGUGAUCAGCAGGGGUACUGCACAAAUAAUUUAGCUCUUUCUGUUUUGUGUGAUCAGAAAUUCAGUUUUUGGAAAUGUUUGGUUCCCCCCACCUUCCUGACGAGUCAGCAGUUCUGGGAUUUGCAGAGCAUUUUCAUCCCAGUGUAACGUGGUAGGCUCGGACUGCCCGGGUGGAUCGGCCCAGUUGAGUUGAGGCACUUUGUUGGAAGAGUUUGACGUCAGACAGCUACCUACCUGCCGGACUGUAAAAGUUUGUGUGUUGUGUCAAAGAGUAUUCUCUUAAAGAGAGCCGCACGGCGUACUUUCCCGUCACUUGCUGAGAGAGAUUGUCGGGAGUAGCAGAAGCUGGAUGUGACGUUUCUGUGCCUGUCUGUGACAGAAGCCUCUCUACCCCUGCCAGAGUGCCUUUGCAGAGCUCAGUGGGGAAGAUGCCGAUAAACAUCCUACCCUGAUGCUUUUGUGACCAGAAAAUGAACCGGGUAUCAGGACAACUCUGCUCGCCCACCCUUACAAACCUCCCAUUCGUACCGACCCUGCUUACCUCAUCCUUACCCUGCUUUACCCUUCCUUCAGAGACCUCCAAUGACAACCUACCAACACCGAGACUGGAUUUGACAAGCAUGGUGCUGAUUGGCAGCUGGGAUCGACAGUGGCUGGUGACUUUCUGUUGCAAUUCUGGUUGGCUUAUUUCCGAGCACCCAUUGGAGGAAACAGAACAACUGUAGCAAUUAGCCAUUUCUUUGUGUUGGGGAAGGGGACAGGGAUAACUUCCUUGCAGGGGUUUAAAAAAAAUAGUUGGAUGGUCAGUAUUCCAGCUUCCAAAUGGUUGGGGAGGGGAAGGUGAGAGAUACAAUAUUACCAAGCUAGUCCUGCGCCUUUGGCUUGUGCCAAGUUAAUUCAUUUUAUUUCCUUUUUUUAUCCUUUGAAAAAAAGUUCCACAGAAGAUUCAGAAAGAAUUUAAAAUAUCGCUUGUCACUGCAUUCACUUACACAUACACACAAAAAAAUGCUUAUUUAACUUAUCAAAAACAUAUUUAUUGCAAAACAUAUGCAUUUUUGUUUGUAUUUAUCACAAUGACGAACGAUAGAAAUAUAUUUUUCUUUUAUGUUUAAAUUAUGAUCUUAUUAAUCUUAAAAUUGUGAGGUUUUUCCUUUUCUUAUUUUCGUUUUGACAGUUUAAUAUAUUAUACUACAAUGACGAGGGUUUUUGUAACUUUACUGUUCAGUUAUUUUAUUUAAUAAAAAAGUAAUUUAAAAACACAAAAACAUUUGAAUUUAUUUAUUUUUUAGUUUCCCCUCCCUGCCCCUUCCUUUCUGAGGUAAAAUGGUGUUUUUCUCAUGUAUUUUUAUGUCAGCCUUGUGCUUACUGCCUUUUCAGUCUUGUUGCCAACGAUGGCCUUUAUUUUAGGAUUUUGGGUCAGCUUCCACAAUGCAAGAGACUUAAGAAAGUGCAGAUUCAGUACUGUGACACAAAAGUGCCUGUUGAAUACAUUCCAAGCAUUGAUGUAUGCUUUCCGUGUAAUUAAUACCUGUAUUGAUAGGUCCUGCCCUCUUUUUGAGAGAAACAAGCAGGACUUGGCACAAAGAGAAAUUGAAUGUAUUUUUUUCUCAGUUGUUCACUACAUUUGUUUAUUUUUAAUGUCUGUUUAUACAGAAUGCUUUUGUAAUGACUGGUUCUGAUGUAAACCAAUAAACCCCAAUGUUCUUUUUCCAAAA